AUAUCUAAAUUUUCAAAAAAAAAUUGAUCAUUGUAACUCCUAUAUUCCCAAACAAACAUGUUAAUAACACAUAUUUGUAUGUAAUAGAUCCAUAUCUUUGUUUAUAAUUGGGUCUACCUUGCAGGCUUUGAUCCGUAGUUUAACAGAUCAUGUAAAUCCCGUGUCUAAAGUUUUUAUAACAAGUGAAAAAUAAUUCAGUUGAAGUCUUCUUCUUUUUGGUCGAAUGGUUUAACAUAUUAUGCUGGAAACUUAAACACAAAAAAUGAUAAUGGGAGCAGUUAGGCAUAUAUUGUAUUUUGUAUAUGUUGGCUUUGCAAUGUCGUGUGCUGCUUCCGUGGAGAUGAAUUUCACGAAACACGAUGAGAUGGUAUGGAAUUUACGAGUUGCGGAAGCGAAGAAAGCUAAUGUAAAUGCUUAUGAUCCGCAUCCACAUCAUGUCACGAACCAAUUAAACAGUCAUGUCCACAAGGCAACGGAUAAGAGUAGUAAUGACACAAGAAGGGGCUUGCACGGACAAAUAUUGAAAGGCCCGUGCAUAGCUACAAACCCUAUAGAUCAAUGCUGGAGAUGUGAUCCAAAUUGGGAUAAAAACCGGAUGAAGCUAGCUGAUUGCGCUCUGGGAUUCGGCCGCCACACGACCGGUGGAAAAGGUGGCAAAGUUUAUGUUGUCACAGAUGCGUCCGACACAGACAUGGUUAAUCCUAAACCUGGAACCUUACGUCAUGCGGUUAUUCAAACCGAGCCCCUUUGGAUCAUAUUUAAAUGCAACAUGAUGAUCACACUAAGUCAAGAACUUAUAAUUACAAGUAAUAAAACUAUUGAUGGGCGUGGAGCUCAAGUUCACAUCGCUUUUGGAGCUGGACUAAUGAUACAAUUUGUGAAAAAUGUAAUUAUACAUAAUCUUCAUGUUCAUGACAUUAAGGCAACUAAUGGUGGAAUGAUUAGAAGUUCGGUAGAUCAUUUUGGUUUACGAUCCAAGAGUGACGGUGAUGGUAUCUCAGUGUUUGGCUCUUCUCACAUCUGGAUUGAUCACAUUUCUAUGUUCAAUUGCGUGGACGGAUUGAUUGAUGUUGUUGCCGCUUCCACAGCAGUUACCAUCUCUAAUUGCCACUUCACACGACAUAAUGAGGUGCUUUUGUUUGGUGCUACCGAUGGAUUCACAGAUGACAAGAUAAUGCAAGUGACGCUAGCAUUCAAUCAUUUUGGUAAUGGAUUGGUUCAAAGAAUGCCAAGAUGCCGAUAUGGAUUCGUGCAUGUAGUCAACAAUGAUUACACUCACUAUCUAAUGUACGCUGUUGGUGGCAGCUCUAGUCCCACCAUUCUUAGCCAGGGGAAUCGCUACAUUGCUCCGGUGGAUCGAAAUGCUAAAGAGGUGACGAAAAGAGACUAUGCAGCCGAAAGUGAAUGGAAAAAUUGGGUAUGGAGAUCACAGGGAGACUUGAUGAUAAAUGGGGCAUUUUUUGUAGAAUCUGGUGAUCCGAAACAUGUGUUUGUUAGUGGUGAGGGAAUGAUAGUCCCUAAGCCCGGAACAAUGGUAGAUAAGCUCACACAAUUUGCUGGUGCUAUUGGCUGCAAAUCGAAUGAGCCAUGUUAGUUGAUAUAUAUGUACAUAGGUUCUUAUUAAUAAUUAGGAAUUGAGAGUGAUAUAGAAUCAUAUGCAAUUAUUAGUCGUUAGGAAUUGAGACUAACAUAGAAUUGUAGGCAACUGACUGUGCUAUUACUUUUUUUUUGGGUUUAAAUUGUUAUUUAC